AGCAGCUCUGCACAGGGGUUUUUGUUCCUUCCUUCUCUCUCCUGCUGCAUUUCCUGGCUCCACGGUGGGAUGGGUCGGUUGCAAAAGAUUCUCAUUCCCUUCCUGGGACUGGUUUUGGCCUUCUGGUUCUAUUCUGCGAGGGACGCCUUCAAACCGGAGAUGCUCCGGGGCAAGCGGGUGAUCGUGACGGGAGCCAGCACGGGCAUCGGGGAGCAGAUGGCAUAUCACCUGGCACGGAUGGGCGCCCACGUCCUGCUCACGGCACGCACAGAGCCCAGGCUGCAGAGUGUGGUGCGGCGCUGCCUGGAGCUGGGCGCAGCCUCGGCGCGCUUCGUCAGCGGCUCCAUGGAGGACACGGCCUUCGCCCAGCGCGUGGUGAGGGAGGCACAGACAGUGCUGGGAGGCCUUGACAUGCUGAUCCUGAACCACGUUGGUGCGUCCUACUUUGGCUUUUUCGAUGGGGACGUUGAGCACGUCCGGAAGCUGCUGGAAAUCAACUUCCUCAGCUACGUGGCCAUGGCCACGUCAGCCCUGCCCAUGCUGAAGGAGAGCGAGGGCAGCAUCGUGGUGGUUUCAUCCAUGGCAGGUAAAGUCGGGUUCCCCUUUACCGCCCCCUACUCUGCGACUAAGUUUGCCCUGGAUGGAUUUUUCAGCUCCCUGAGGCAGGAGUUCACCAUUCAGAACAUAAAUGUCUCCAUCACGCUCUGCAUCCUCGGCUUCAUCGAUACAGACCGCGCGGUGCGCGCUGCCGCGGAGGUGCUGCAGGAGCGGCCGGCGCCGCGGGACGAGUGCGCGCUGGAGAUCCUCAAGGGCGCGGCGCUGCGCCGGAGGGAGCUCUACUACCGCUACAGCUCCACGCGGCUGCCGCUGCUGCUGCGGGACUGCGCCGCGGAGCUGCUCGAUUACCUGGUGCGGAGCCGCUACCGCCUGCCCGCCGCGCCCGCCGCCCCCCGCCCGCCGCUCUGA